GGCACCCCCCGCAACACUUACAAUUUUGCACCUGGAAAUCACGGUAUCGUUUAUCGCGCGAAUACCCCCGAUGGAGGUGCUGGCCACCAGGGAACGGACAAUGAGAAACAGCAGCACGCUGAUCCCAGCGACCCGACCGAGCAAGCAGCAAGCUCUGAACAAGUCAAGUACAAGCUACAAUCUAUGAAAUGGGGCUUGAUCCCGUCGUGGACGAAGCGAAACCCAGACUACGGGUCGAUGCUGAAAACCAUCAAUUGCCGUGAUGAUUCACUAAGCUCACCGGGAGGCAUGUGGGCCAGCAUGAAGGCUCGCAAGCGGUGCAUUGUCGUUGCCCAAGGAUUUUACGAGUGGCUCAAGACCGGCAAAGACAAACAGCCUCAUUACGUGAAGCGAAAGGAUGGCCAUCUCAUGUGUUUCGCAGGGCUUUGGGACUGUGUGCAGUAUGAAGGAUCUGCAGACAAGACCUACACCUACACUGUCAUCACCACAGACUCAAACAAGCAGUUAAAGUUCCUCCAUAGCCGAAUGCCGGUCAUCUUCAACCCCGACUCGUCAGCCAUCAAGACUUGGCUAGAUCCUUCUCGGGAUCAAUGGUCUCGCGAGCUACAAUCUUUGCUCAAACCCUUCGAAGGAGAGUUGGAGGUCUACCCGGUCACUAAAGAGGUUGGUAAAGUCGGGAACAACUCACCAUCUUUCAUUAUACCCCUGGAUAGCAAGGAAAACAAGUCGAAUAUCGCCAACUUCUUUGCCAACGCC